UUAUUUUUCCCAAAAUGAUUUCAUUGAAUACGGUGGCGAACGAGUUCUUCAAAAUGUUGCAAGCCUCUCAGUCUUCGUGGUUAGUUCGCUGGCUGCUUAAUGCCCUUGCUUUAUCCCAAGCAAUUCAACCCAAUGGAUGGCCAGAGAACUAUAAACCAUUAGACGGAGAAAGAUUUAACUUCAUCGUAGUCGGAUCUGGCUCUGCUGGUGCUAUUGUUGCAGCUAGAUUGAGUGAAGUUCCACACUGGAAUGUUCUGUUAAUAGAAGCUGGAGGUGACCCUCCACCAACUAGUGUGGUUCCAAGUCUGUUUGCAACUCUCUCAAACACUGAAUACGAUUGGUCUUACAAAGCAUAUCUUGAUGAAGGGGUUGGUGAAACUCAUCCUGGUAGAGCAAUUUUUAUGACCAGAGGUAAAAUGCUUGGAGGAAGUUCGUCCAAUAACUACGAGAUAUACACGAGAGGCGUCCCUCAAGAUUACGAGGAAUGGAAUCUAGAAGCUCCUGGUUGGGACUGGAACACUUGUCUUUAUUAUUUCAAAAAACUUGAAAAUAUGACUGAUAUUUCAUUAUUCCAAAAUCCUUAUAAUGCUCAUCUUCAUUCUACCAAUGGGCCUGUAGCCGUUAGCAGGCCAGAAGAUAAUGCGUAUAGUUUAAAAAUAAAUGAAGUCAUGUUGAAAAGUUAUGAAGAAUUGGGCAUCAGAAGAGUUUUGGAAAACAAUGGCCCAGAAAUAGAAGGAAUUUCAAGGCCUCAUUUCACUUUUGCUAAUGGUAGAAGAUCCAGUACUGCUGAAUCGUAUCUAAGACCCACAAAAGGUAGACCGAACUUGUUUAUUGCAAAAUAUGCGAGGGUAGUUAAAAUUUUAUUGGAUCCCUACACCAGAACUACUUAUGGUGUUAAAGUUAUGUUACAAGAUGGUAAUGUUAUUAAUCUAUUUGCUGAUUCUGAAGUUAUUUUGUCAGCAGGAACAAUCGAUAGCCCUAAAUUGCUAAUGCUUUCUGGCAUAGGACCCCAUGAAGUUCUGCAAAAACAUGAUAUCGAUACAAUCGUAAACUUGCCAGUGGGUAAAAACAUGCAAGAUCACGCAUAUGCGCCUAUUCUUUUCACUGGAAAAGCCGGACUGUCUAGUAUAAUUCCUAAUCUUGUUCUUGCCACUCAAUUGGAUUCGUUUCCAAUUCCAAUACAAUCCGGUUUCUUCAGUUUGGGAGGUUCAGUUUCGCAGAGUAAGCCGGAUUUCCAAAUUUUUAGUCAAAAUAUUGGAGCAUCGGCUUCAGUGUUGAUCAGGUAUGGUUGCUCGGCGAUAACCAAUUACAAUGAUGAGUUUUGUUAUUCGCUUGCAAAGCCAAAUAAUAUUAGGGAAAUUAUUCUGGCGUCAGUUCUAUUACUACAUCCGUAUUCAAGAGGACAAGUUAGUUUAAGGAGCAACAAUCCUCUCGAUGAUCCAAUAAUUGAAUUAGGAUAUUUCAGAGAUGAUUUUGAUUUACAUAAAUUAACCGAAGGUCUAAAAUUUAUAAGUAAUCUAGUCAAUACAAGUUAUUUAAGGAAAGUCAAUGGAACUAUACCAAAGCUUGCUGUAUCUCCAUGCAAAGAGUUCGUCUGGGGCUCAGACGAUUAUUGGACAUGCUACGUCAGAAAUGUAGCUGGUUCUCUGCUUCAUCCAGUUGGAACGUGUAAGAUGGGGGCUGACGGAGUAGUCGAUGAGAGAUUAAAUGUUCACUCCGUUAAAGGAUUGAGAGUUGUGGAUGCUUCUGUUAUGCCAAAAAUACCAAGUGCGAAUAUUAAUGCACCUACUAUGAUGAUAGGAGAGCACGCGUCUGAUCUCAUCAAAGAAGAUUACGGCGUAUUUUCUAGAUGACAUUAAUAUGUCAUAUGUUAAUGAAGUUUGAAUAAUAUUAAUCAUACUAGUGAAUUUUAAAA